CGCGGAGGCAGCAGCGCUGGCGGCGCCACCCCCCUGCUCGGUCCGGAGCUCACACCCGCGCUCGCACCGCCUGCCAACCCAGCGCCCCGCGCAACACGCCCGGGCGGAGCCCCCACCCCCGCCCACGUCCACGUUCACGCGCGCGGCCUCGCGUUGUGCUGAGGCUGCUGCCGCUUGGGCCGCCGCGGCAGUCGGCUUUACACGCAGGUCAUUAACGAGGGGGCGUGCCCGAGGAGAUUUUUUUUUUUUUCCCAUAAAGCAUUUUUUCUUUCCUUUUUUUUUUUUUUUCCCUCCUCUUUUGCAAAACUGACUUUUACCCCUUUCUACUUCUCGCCAGUCUUCCAACCUCUCCAGGCUGCUCGCGCUGCUGCACUCAAGUUUAUUUUCCCGCCUGGGCAGAGGCUGUCGGAUUCAGUUGGUGGCUUUCACCUCUCGUUACUGCUGUGCCGGAGGAGGGAAAGAGGAGGCAGCUUCGGAUCGGGAAGGUUUUCUGAUGUAGUCACCGGGGAGGUGCCAGCAGCUCGUGCCGCGCUCCGUCUCCCUUUUUCCCGGUUUCAAACUGAUUGAUGAAUCUCUACAAGUUGCUGGGUUUGGAGCCGGACCCGUCGGAGUCACAGGGACACUUUUGAGAGCUCACCCGGGGCUCCUGGCACGCGGUGUAGGGGGCUCAGCCUCGCUCCCGGAAGGCGAUCGGAGACUGACAUCAGCCCAUCCCGGACUUGGAGGGCUCCGUCUGAAAGUGAUUGUUUCCCCUCCCGCUUUCCAGCAUUAGCAGUUGGGUUGGUGUCGCCCUGCAGGUCUGGGCAUCCCAGCCCCGCCUGGCUGGCUGGUUCACAACCUCUGCUCUUCAUUCACUGCUGCACCCACACCCGGCCAAGAAAAGCAAGCAGGAGAAAUCCCCGACUCAGCCAGCGCCCGGGGGUGCCAUCUCUCUUUGCCUCUGCGGUCGGACUCCUCUGGGGACCUGCUGGAAGACGUGGAGAGCCAAACUUUUCUUUGAGGUUUUUCGAGGCAAGACCGCUCCUCCUCUCCUCGCCUGAGCAGCUGCGGCUUUAGGCUGUUCCAGGACGCCGACGGAGCUGGGCUUGCGGAUCCGGAUCCCCACCCUUCUCUGCGCACCUCCGGGUACCGCAGUACCUAGGACUCCUGCGUGGCUCGCGGGGGUCGCCGGGCCAAGACAGAGAGGGAGGCUCCGGACAGCUUCCAGCCUCCUGGGGCCACGAGCGUGAAGACCCCCCCACCUCUCACCCCCCCACGCGCCCCGAUCCACACAGCGCCCUCCUCCCGCAGUUUCUCUCCGGCCGCCAAAGUAACUUGGAGCAAAGCGGGGCGCACAGCGAGGGCCCAGGGCAGCCGAGGAACCCUGCGCAGACCGCGGCGCCGACGCUGAGCCGGGCCCGGCGGGCCGGUGUAUGUCUCCCCGCGGCCGCGGCGCUCAACUCCCGGUGACUGUGCAGCGUGCGCCGCCGCCUGCCCCGACCCGCGCUGCCGCCGCCCGGCCCCGCACGCACCUCCCUCUCCCGGGGUGACCGGCCUGCAGCCGCCGCCCGAGACACAGCUCUGCACCCCUUCCCCCGCCCUCGCCGCCGCCACCACCGCACACACGCACGCGUCUCUCCGUCUUGUGAUUCUUCUCCCCUCCCGAGCCCUUCAGUGGGGGUGCGAGUUUGUGUCCCCCCCCCGCCCCAACCCACUGCCUUCUUUUCUUCUCGCUCUCCUCCUCCUCCUCCUCCCGCGCUCGCCGCGCUCCUCUCGCUCCUUCGUUUUAUUUAUUCAUAUUUAUUUGGCGUCCGGUCUCUUCUUUCUGCCCCUCUCCCUCCCUCCCUCUGGAUCCCCGCUCUCUCCCCGGAGUGGCGCGUCGGGGGCUCCGCCGCUGGCCAGGCGUGAUGUUGCACGUGGAGAUGUUGACGCUGCUGUUUCUGGUGCUCUGGAUGUGUGUGUUCAGCCAGGACCCGGGCUCCAAAGUCGUCGCCGACCGCUACGCUGUCUACUGGAACAGCAGCAACCCCAGAUUCCAGAGGGGUGACUACCACAUUGACGUCUGUAUCAAUGACUACCUGGAUGUUUUCUGCCCUCACUAUGAGGACUCUGUCCCGGAAGAUAAGACUGAGCGCUAUAUCCUCUACAUGGUGAACUUUGAUGGCUACAGUGCCUGCGACCAUACUUCCAAAGGGUUCAAGAGAUGGGAAUGUAACCGGCCUCACUCUCCGAACGGACCACUGAAGUUCUCUGAAAAAUUCCAGCUCUUCACUCCCUUUUCUCUAGGAUUUGAAUUCAGGCCAGGCCGAGAGUAUUUCUACAUCUCCUCUGCAAUCCCAGACAACGGAAGAAGGUCCUGCCUAAAACUCAAAGUCUUCGUGAGACCAACAAAUAGCUGUAUGAAAACUAUAGGUGUUCAUGACCGUGUUUUCGAUGUUAACGACAAAGUAGAAAAUUCAUUAGAACCAGCAGAUGACACCGUACAUGAGUCAGCCGAGCCAUCCCGCGGCGAGAACGCGGCACAAACGCCCAGGAUCCCCAGCCGCCUUUUGGCAAUCCUACUCUUGCUCCUGGCGAUGCUUUUGACAUUAUAGCACCGUCUCCUCUCGUCACCUGUCAUGGAAAACAUCAGGGUCUUGGAACACCAGAGAUCCACCUAACUGCUCAUCCCAAGAAGGGACUUGUUAUUGGUUUUUGGCAGAUGUCAGAUUUUUUUUUUUGUUUUGUUUUCUUUCCUCCAGCCUGAUUUCUAAGCAACAACCUGGGGUUGUUGGGGGCUAAACUAGUCACUGCCCUCCUUCGCCACGCCCCAUCCCCAGCCCUGGUCCUUGACUUCUCUCACCCCUUCCAGAUUAAAUGGACUCCAGAUGAAAAUGCCAAAUUGUCAGUAGUGGGGCUUCCCCCCCUGUGCGUUCUCCUCCAGAACUCACCGCUGUAAGCUCAGGGUGUCGACGACGGUAUGCAGAUAAGGAAGAAUUGUGGCCGAUGCUGCCAGCCGUGGCCUGGCUGAGAGGGUGUCCCUCUCCUACAGUACUUAUGCCUUCUCGAAUUAAGGACAGGAAGGUGAUUGUGUGGAGCAUUAUGUUGGCAUGUCAGGUCCAGAGGGGCAGAAUUAAGCUGAGACAUACUAGUGCACCAUAUCCUCUAGGACUGUAGGAAUGAGCAGGCUUCUCAAAGGUUCAGAUACUAGUUUUUGUUUUUAUCAGAUAUGACUGUCUUAAAGCGUUCUUGCCAGCAAAACGUGUGCUGUGUCGAAGAAGCUUUUUUUCUCCCAGAAGGAGGGUUGGAUGCAGGGAUGCUAAUGCAGAAGAAGUGUAUAUUGAGAAAACUAUCUGUUGCUGGGGGUGUGAGUGCCUCUAACUUUUUAGUGACUGGGCAGCGCACACCUGAUUUUUUUUUUCCUUUGAAUACAGAUCACCAUGGUGCUACAACUUUUCUUUUUCUUUUUAGGAGCUCAAAGAGGCAUUUUUAUGAAUAAAGUGACCUUCCCCGAGGCUGACAAGCCAGGGUUGAUGAGUAGAGAGUGGAAUAGCUUUGGCUGCUCCUCUGGGGACAAUGUGUAGAAAGGAAGGAAGUCCUGUGGCCAGAGGAGAUGCGAUUUGGCUUUGCUGGAGCUCCCGUGUGCUGUGGCCUUUCCCCUACUCCCACCCCGAUGCCCAUGGUCUGCUCCAUGCUCCGUGAUCACAGGGGACUCAGACACAAACCUUGUCACCAGGAGAGUCAGUCAGCACUACUUGGGAGGGCUAAAGGGAAAUUUGGAAUAGAAAUUCCAAAGUUUGGAAUAAAAAUUCAAGCAUUGAUUUUUUUAUAUUCUUUCCCUUUCUGACACAGCCUAAAGCGUAGGGGGAAACAUGUGUUUAUCUGUGGGAGAUAAACAAGAUGGAGUCCCAAAGACUUUGACAAAAUAUUUUUUUAAAAAAUCCACUAGAAUAGAAAAUACAUUAUUUAGAUAUACUUUAUGCUGAGAGUGAGUAUAUAUGCUUGUCCUAUUUAAACUUGUGAGAAAAAGUGGUAUCCCUUGAUACAUUUAGAAACAUGGGGGUUAUCUUGUUUCAUAGUUAGGGUUGGGGCAGAAGGAGAAUGGACACAGGAUGACCCUGUUUAAAGAACCUUAGCAUGGCCAAGGAGGUGGUCCCAGCUGAUGACCAGGAAACAUAAGCUGUGGGGUUUCUCCUGGUGGGGUGUCAUGAACUCUAAAUCCCAAAACCUAGACAGGGAAAAGUGUCAGCCCAAUAGGAAGGUGAUCUAGCCUUGUUUUGCUAUUGCACGACAUCAAUAGAAACCAUGCCUUUGUAAACAAGCAAGUCAGUAAAUGCAAUGAUCAUGUAAUGUGGAAAAUUGAAAGCAUUCCAGAAAAAAAAAAAAGGAUUUUUUAUAUAUUCGUUUUUAAGAUAUAUAUGAAAAAAAAAAAGGAGUUCACAUUAUAGAUGGACUUCAUGAAUCAGAAAUUGCUUAGAAUUGUGAGUAGUUUCAAAUUAGAAAAAUAUGUGAAUGGAAGGCAGCUGUGAACGUACUGCACCCUAGAGAGUUGUACACACAUUGGAAUGUGAGCUGGGCUUACCUGGUCCCUUUGGAGUGGAGACAGCUGGAGUCUGCUCUUGCUUGAACCAUCUGAGUGGGGUUGCCAGCCUCAAAGAUGUUGUCAGUUUCUUUCUCCACCAUCUAAGACUUCUCUGGAGUGGCCGAGUCUCAUCACAGAAGGCACCCACCGUUUCACUGAUACAAAACUUCAAAGCAUUGGAUUCCUUUACCUUUAUUUAUAUGCUCGACACUCUCAGUAAUAUCCAGGUAUCUUCUGUUUAUUAAUAGUUACAGGUUUGUGGGUUUUAGUGGGGUUUCAGGAAGGGGACAAAAAAUCCCUUCUAAGAUGGAUUGAUAGAACCAAAAUAAUAAUGCAUGUACUACAACCAAGGACACCAAGUGAUCCUGUAAUAAUUCCAGUUAGUCCUAAGGGCAUUAGCAGUUCUAAUGUCGUUUUAGAAAUGGUGAAUUCUGUGGUUCUUCUAGCAUUUGUCUCUAACAAAUGAUGAAAUAAUUACUCAUGGCCCUCUCUGCCACUGUCUCUCAUCUUUCACUGUGCAAUUAGACCCUUUUACGUCACUGUCAUUGCCGCCACAGAUUACGUUAAAAAAAAAAAAAAAA